GCCGCCGCCGCCGCCGCCCACCUUCUGCCGCCGCCACCACAGCCACUUUCUCCUCUGCUUUCCUCUACUGUCGUCGCCCUCUGUCGACUAUCAGGUGGGCCUUGAACCAGGAUGGCUGAGCCCCGCGAGGAGUUUGAGGUGAUGGAAGAUCAUGCUGGCGCAUACGGGCUGGAGGAGAGGAAAGAUCUCCCCUCCCAGGGGGACUACACUCUGCUGCAAGACCAGGAGGGUGACAUGGACCACGGCCUGAAAGACUCUCCCCUGCAGACCCCCGCCGAUGACGGAUCUGAGGAACCAGGCUCUGAAACCUCUGAUGCUAAGAGCACUCCGACGGCGGAAGACAUGACAGCGCCCUUAGUGGACGAGGGAGCCCCCGGCGAGCAGGCGGCCGCUCAGCCCCACGCAGAGAUCCCAGAAGGAACCACAGCUGAAGAAGCGGGCAUUGGAGACACCCCCAACCUGGAAGACCAAGCUGCUGGACACGUGACUCAAGAACCUGGGAGUGUCACGGUUGUCCAGGAAAGCUUCCUCGGGGAGCCAGGGCACCGCGGAGGUGAGGCCACGGCUCUGGGAACCCUGGGUCUGACCCACCAGCCUGUGCCCGACGUGCCUGGGACUCCCAUCCUGCCUGAAGUCCCCAGAGAGGCCACACACCAGCCUUUGGGGACAGAACCUGAGGACACAGAGGGAAGCCGCCACGGCUCCGAGCUGCUGGAACGCCAGCUUUUGGGAGACCUGCACCAGGAAGGGCUGCCUCUGAAGGGGGUCCAGGGCAAAGAGAGGCUGGGGGGCGAGGAGGUCGAUGAGGACCGCGACAUCGACGAGUCCUCACCCCAGGACUCCCCUCCCUCCCAGAUCUCCCCAGCCCAAGGCAGGCCAUCCCCCCAGACAGUUUCCAGAGAAGCCACUGGCACCCCUGGGUUCCCAGCUGAGGGUGCCAUCCCCCUCCCUGUCGAUUUCCUCUCCAAAGCUACCACAGAGACCCGGGUCUCAGAGCCCAACAGGCCCAGCACAGGGCCCCACGGUGCGCCCCCCGAGUUCACGUUCCAUGUGGAAAUCAAAGCCAACGUGCAGAAGGAACAGGCUCGUUCAGAGGUGGAUUUGGAAGGGGCUGCACUUCCGGGGGCCCCUGGAGAGGAGCUGGAGCCCCAGGGCCCCUCUGAGGGAGAGGACACAAAAAAGACUGACCUUCCGGAACCAUCGGAAAAGCGGCCUGCAGCUGGCCUGCCGGGGAAGCCCGUCAGCCGGGUUCCUCAACUCAAAGCUCGCAUGGUCAGUAAAGGCAAAGAUGGGACUGGAAGCGAGGAGAAAAAAUCCAAGACAUCCACAACUUCCUCUGCUAAAACCUUGAAAAAUAGGCCUUGCCUUAGCCCCCAACGCCCCACUCCUGGUAGCUCAGACCCUUUGAUCAAACCCUCCAGCCCUGCCGUGUGCCCAGAGCCAUCUUCCUCUCCUAAACACGUCUCUUCUGUCACACCCCGAACUGGCAGUUCUGGAACAAAGGAGAUGAAAGUCAAGGGGGCAGAUAAAGCUGGAACGAAGAUUGCCACACCCCGGGGAGCAGCCCCUCCAGGCCAGAAAGGCCAGGCCAACGCCACCAGGAUUCCAGCGAAAACCACACCCUCCCCGAAGACCCCACCCGGCUCUGCUACCAAGCAAGUGCAGAGAAAACCACCCCCGGCAGGGGCAAACUCUGAGAGAGGUGACUCUGGGAAAUCUGGGGACCGCAGUGGCUACAGCAGCCCCGGCUCCCCGGGCACUCCUGGCAGCCGUUCCCGCACCCCAUCCCUGCCAACCCCGCCCACCCGGGAGCCCAAGAAGGUGGCAGUGGUCCGCACUCCACCCAAGUCGCCGUCUUCAGCCAAGAGCCGCCUGCAGACUGCCCCAGUGCCCAUGCCAGACCUGAAGAACGUCCGGUCCAAGAUCGGCUCCACCGAAAACCUGAAGCACCAGCCAGGAGGCGGCAAGGUGCAGAUAAUUAAUAAGAAGCUGGAUCUUAGCAACGUCCAGUCCAAGUGUGGCUCAAAGGAUAAUAUCAAACACGUGCCAGGAGGCGGCAGCGUGCAAAUAGUCUACAAACCAGUGGACCUGAGCAAGGUGACCUCCAAGUGUGGCUCAUUAGGCAACAUCCACCAUAAGCCAGGAGGUGGCCAGGUGGAAGUAAAAUCUGAGAAGUUGGACUUCAAGGAUAGAGUCCAGUCGAAGAUCGGGUCCCUGGAUAACAUCACGCACGUCCCUGGCGGAGGGCAUAAAAAGAUCGAAACCCACAAGCUGACCUUCCGUGAGAAUGCCAAAGCCAAGACAGACCACGGGGCGGAGAUCGUGUACAAGUCGCCCGUGGUGUCUGGGGACACCUCUCCGCGGCACCUCAGCAACGUCUCCUCCACGGGCAGCAUCGACAUGGUAGACUCCCCCCAGCUCGCCACGCUAGCUGAUGAAGUGUCCGCUUCCCUGGCCAAGCAGGGUUUGUGAUCAGGCCCCCGGGGCGGUCAGUAAUCGUGGAGAGAAGAGAGUGAGAGAGUGUGGAAAAAAAAAGAAUAAUGAUCCAGCCCUUCGCCCUCUGUCCUCCCCCAGCUGCUCCUCACAGAUCGGUUAAUCGGUUAAUCACUUAACCUGCUUUUGUCGCUCGGCUCUGGCUCGGGACUUCAAAAUCAGUGACGGGAAUAAGAGCAAAUUUCAUCUUUCCAAAUUGAUGGGUGGGUGGGCUAAUAAUAAAAUAUUUUUUAAAACAUUUAAAAAGAUGGCCACCCCCAACCUUUCCUUGGGCAAUUACUUUUGAUUCUUUUUUUUUCCCCCCUCUGAGUAGAAAAGGAUGAAGGAGAGGCUCUGAAAGCUGCUUCUGGGGGAUCUCAGGGGACUAGGGGCACCCCACCUCUGGUCCCAUCCUGGGGGUGUCACAGAGGCAGCGGCAGCCACAAGGGAUUUGAAGCUUGGUGUGUUCGUGGAGCCAUAGGCAGAUGUCAACCUUGAGUGAGUGGG